CCCCCAAACCGCCUUUGCUGCAACAUGGGAGGACGAGGAUUAUCCUGUAGCCGAUGCUCGUACACCUGGGAGACCCCCAAACACCAAAAAGCAGACGCAGACGCAGGAUGGGCGGAUCCGACCUGAGGAAGCGCCCGAAGCCCGUACGCAUGGGCAGCCCCCAAACGCCGAAAAGCUGACGGCCAGAGCCUCCGGGUGCGCGAUCGAUGGAAGCCGAAGCUGAGUCUCCCAGGGGUGAUUCCCUACACUCUCCCCUCCUGUACGGACUGGACACCAACGUGCGCGAACCGGGGUGUAUACAGUGUAAAACCCUUGUUUCGUGCACGGUGGUGUCUAGUCCGUGCAGGGGGGGAGUGUGUAUGCAGAUGUCGACGCUGACGCUUUUGAGAGGACGCACGAGGUGUCCCGGAAAGUCUUCGGAAAGCCAAUGCUCAGCCCACCCGUUGGGAAUACCGUGGCAUACGGGCGCUGAUGCGGAGGUUGGAAGAAGGAGUGCCGGAUUCUUGGAACAGUUCAGAACCACUAGGUUCUGGCAAGGGUUGGUCAAGGAACGACGCCUUCACUGCUCUUGUAGCCGCACCCGCUUCGGAAAGCAGCCCGGCGCAGAGAGAGACAACGCGGACGGUGUAUACAAUCAGUGUCGGGUUGACCGGAAGCCGGGAGAGGAUCCCACUGGAGAAAAAGCUGGCGCUAGCCUGUCAGGGGAGGGCGGCGAAGUAAUACCAUAGGGAACCUGGAGGACAAGAGGAAUCAAGCUCUGCCUGAGGCGGAGGCUUGGGGGGAGGAUAAAAACGAGAUGGGAUGGAGGAGAAUCAGGGUGGAGAGUGAUGGGGAGGAAGGAGGGGACUUGGGGUAUAUAGCGCAGGCACUCUUUUUCCCCUUACGAGGGUUUUUAACGAGGCUUGCAUUUCACCACAACGUUCUUCCAUGCACAGUGCACCGUGACUCCACAAGACAAGAGAAAAAGAUUCACAUAAGAAACAGAGC